GUCCUUCUGCAUAACUCUGUCCUUUUUCAUUCUUUUGGACUCUGUUUACGUGCCUACCUGACGCACCUGAAUGCCGCUGUUCGCUUGUUGCACCAUUGGCUGCCACGGGGGAGGUGUGUGCGCGAAUGAGUGUUGGGGGUAGGAUAAGCCACGCCUCCCAGUAUUACUGAAGGAGCUAUAAGAUGCUCCAGCACUUCUGUUGACGCUCACAGUGUCAUUACUGAAACUCUCCUCAGCUGUGAGCGACCUGACAGACGCUACAUGGACAGAGAGGGUCGUUUCUGUUGAGAUUUCUAGUUUUUUUUUCUGUUGAUUCCUGACAGUCACACUUUGAUCCGGCGUCAUGGCUGUUGCUGAAGUCGUGAUGCCUACAUUAACCUCGUUUCCAAGUGUCCAGGCGGUGGAUGGAAAACCGUUCGUCAAUGUAAGUUGGGUUUGAUCAGAUCGGAAUCACGAAUUCAACAUAUAUGGUUCGCACGAACUCGGAGCUUGUUGUACUUCCAAUUUUUCUGACUGUAAUGUUUCUAUUUGCACAGACGUGUAAGGUGGAGGAGUGCGCAAACAACCCGCACAUCGAAGUGGAGUUCAGCAUCGUCCAGUCUCCUGUUGUGCCCCCCAAGGAUGACGAUGAGCUUGCCAAAUUUGUGGACCUCGAGUUCAUUUUAUCCAACAGUAUGAGUUCAGAUGUUGGAAGCCACAACGGGAGCAUAUCUCCGCAGCAGCAAUGCGCGUAUUCUCUGCCGGAGUCACCUGAGAGCUGCAGCGGUGCGUCUGUGCCGGACUGUAGUGACAACCCUCCGCCUCCUUCUCAUCAGAGCUACCCCGCCAUCGUUGACUACACCGGAACCGGCCCUGUACGCAGUCUCAUGGCGGAGCUUCUCACGCCAGAGAUGAGCUAUCCAGGAGAGAGUUCCCCAGAGAGCGCAGAAAAAGCGGGAGACAACCAAGAGUACACCGAGCUGCACGCGUUGAAUGCGGUCACCAUGCCAGCUACUCCCGCUCAUCACCAAGCGGCUGCCUCUCCCCCAGCAAUGGGAUAUAAAGUUAAAACUGAGCCCGUGGGUCAGUCUUGCAUGAUGUCUACUGCUGGUGAUGGAAACUUUAUGGGACAUAUGUAUGAGAGGCACCACAUGCGCUCCACGCAGCCUUUUACGCACCACCAGGCUGCAUUAACAGGUGCCUUGCCAGGAUUCGGUGCGCAUCACAUGCACCAUCCUGCAUCUCAGGGACGCACAGAAGGACAUUUGGCACACUUAAACUCUCAUCAUGCCAGUCAGCACCAUCUCCAGAACCAUUACAUGAAUGCACCCUAUCAGCUGCAGUACGCGCACCAGAGUUUGCCACAGUACCAGGGACAUUACAGCAUGCACAGCGAGCCUGUCCGUGUGCACCAGCAGCAACACCCGGCCUCCAUGCAGGGUAUGAUGCUCACUCCCCCCUCUUCACCCUCUUUGCUGGAGUUUUAUGGGCACGAGGAUGUUGGGAGCAUCAAACAAAAAAGAGGCCGCAGGUCGUGGGCCAGGAAACGGGCUGCCACACACAGUUGUGAGUUCCCUGGAUGUGGGAAAACUUAUACCAAAAGCUCCCAUCUGAAAGCCCACAUGAGGACACACACAGGUGAGCACAAAUGACAAUCCCAUCUUUUUUAACAUUGUGAGAUCUAAAGAUUUGUGUUUUUACAUCUCAAAGCAAAAUCUUAACUGAACCCUGCUUGUUUCCUCUCAGGUGAGAAGCCGUACCACUGUAACUGGGAGGGCUGCGGCUGGAAGUUCGCCAGGUCAGAUGAGCUGACCCGUCACUUCAGGAAACACACCGGACACCGACCCUUUCAGUGCCACCUGUGUGAGCGUGCGUUCUCCCGCUCAGAUCACCUGGCUCUCCACAUGAAGAGGCACAUGUAAAAAUCCUGCUGUUUCUACCGUGGACAAAUGCCCUGAGCAUCCCAGAUGAAGCCCCAUCGAACUGAAUGUUCCUCUAGAGGCCUUAGUUCACAGUUUGUGCCUUUUUGUAGGGAGACAGUGUUUAACAGAAGUGCCUCUCCACUUUAAAGAUAAAAAAACUCUGGUGGUUUGUACAUAACUGUGGAUAUUGAUAACUAGUCUGUAUUUAAGACCCUUCUCUCUGUUUUUGAAAUAAGUUAUUAAUAGUGAGUGCCUUACAGAGUCUGUAUUUGCUUUCCUAAGAGGAGAACUCACUGAGGGCAGGACCCAGAAUUGUGUAAAUAUGUAUUUUUGUAAUGUUUACAUUUCAUAUCUUUACCACUCAAUUCAGGUCAGGGUUUUUAAUGACAUUUUUGUUUGUUUUUAUUUCACUUUUUCAUAGAUGUUCUAGAUUUUGCUUAACAUUGUCAGCCAGCUUUACAUUUCUCUGUAUGUGAAGGUUUUGCACGAGCAAAGCUAACAAAUUCAGGUACUAAAACUCAGUUUCAGUCCCUCUCUUAGUGUUAAUCCAACUUUCAACAACAACAAAGAUGUAUUUUCUAAUGGCGUAAAUGUUUUUAUUUUAAUAAGAAUGAAGAAUACAACAAAAACCAAUGGUUUAACUGCUGUACUUGAAAUAGACCGAGAUGUAUAUUUUUCCACAAAUGCAACUCUUUCAUGCGCUUAAGGGCUCAGAAAUAAAAGUACUUUUGUAAAUACUGAA